ACGAAGCGGUUCAGUUAGUGGUUAUACGCCACCUAAAAACAUACGCGAACUCGACGAUGAAUAUCAAGCUAGCCGUCGUCCUGGUGGCACUGGCCACGCAAGCUAGCUUCGCGGAGGAGGCGAGCAAAUCGACAGAAGAGGACACGUCGAAAGACUCGACAGCCGAGUCAACCGAGAAGAAAACCGAGAAACGAGGACUUCAUGGAAGCUAUGGUGACUUGGGUGGCGGAGGCGACAUCGGUGGUGGUGGUGGUGGCGGCGGAGGCGGCGGUAGCUACGACCAUCAGGAACACGUAAAAACGGUCACAGUGGUGAAAAAGGUACCAGUCCCUUACGAAGUAACGAAACACGUACCGUACUUGGUAGAGAAACACGUACCGUACGAGGUUAAGGUUGGCGUACCUCAACCGUACACCGUGGAGAAGCACGUACCGUAUCCUGUGAAGGUGUUCGUCAAGGUGCCGGUACACGUGCCUCAACCCUACACAGUGGAAAAGCACGUGCCUUAUGAAGUCAAGGUACCGGUAGAUAAACCAUACGAAGUAAAGGUACUGGUGCCACAGCCGUACACCGUCGAGAAACAUGUACCAGUGCCGGUAAAGGUAGCGGUACCUCAACCGUACACCGUCGAGAAACACGUGCCGUUCCCAGUGAAGAUUAAAGUUCCUUUGCCACAACCAUAUCCGGUGAAGAAACCGGUACCGUACGAAGUUAAGAUACCGGUCGACAAACCAUACCAGGUCACUGUGCCGAAACCGUACCCAGUUACCGUCGAAAAACCGUACCCAGUACCGAUAGAUAAGCCGGUACCUUACGAGGUCAAGGUACCCGUGGACAAACCAUAUCCCAUACCUGUCGAAAAACCCUAUCCAGUACCGGUGAAGGUACCGAUACCGCAACCGUACCCGGUCCACAAGCCGGUACCAGUUACCGUCCACAAGCCUGUACCUUAUCCAGUCAAGGUACCUGUUGAUAAACCGUACCUGGUUGAGCACCAAGUACCUGUACCCGUGGAAAAGGAAGUACCGGUACCGGUAAAGGUACCUGUGCCUGUGCCGAUACACGAAGAGUACGGUAGCAGCGGAGGUGGUUACGAAGGAAGCUCUGGAGGUGGUUAUGAAGGAAGCUCAGGAGGUGGUUAUGAAGGAAGCUCUGGAUAUGGAGGCGGUGGAUACAUCCAUCAUCGUUGAUUCGUUUUUUUUUUUUAAAUGAUACGACGGUUUCUUCGAAUUAGAUUUGCGAAAAAUUUUCGUUAGAGGAUGAAGAAUAGAAGUACCGUCGAUGAAAGUAUACGUUGAGGAAUUAUCUUUCUUUUUUCUUAAGAACCGAUAUAACCAAUAGAACAGAACAAAGUACAGGGGCAAAAUUCUUUUCUUCUCUUAUUUGUGACUUCUAAUAGUGGACAAAAAUUGUUUAUGCAAUGUUAUUUGAAUUGUCAAAUUCUAAAAUUCAUCAGUAAACUUUUUGGAAUACCGAAAGAUACUUCAAAAAUUAUUGUGAUAAUUUUAGACAUACGGGAUUUGAGAGUGGAUUAAUAAAAGUUAUGAUUUCACAAGAUCUUUUUACCGAAUGAUGAAGCUUCAGUUUUGAGUUCUACUAUGCUCAAAGGAGCUUGUUGCAGAGUUAAUCUGAAAGACCAAAGUCAAGUUUUCUUCACUAUUAGAAAACAGUCACACAAUUUUGAUGUUUUCGUCCCAGUCUAAUAACCACGCGUAUCUUCAGGGGAGAACCAGGUAAAAGAUUCUUGAUCGUAGGUAAAUGCUUCUUUCUCAAGCGUAACAUGUUUUUCAAUUUAUGCAAUUCAAUGAAGCUGCUCGAGUAAUCUGAACAACAUUAGCUAUUUUUUGGUGACAGCGUACCAUUUUUUUCACUAAUGUAGUAUAAUUUAGAUGUACCGUUGUCUUUCGAUCGAACGACUUGGAAUGGAAAUUCUCUUUUUUUUGAAGUUUCCAUUUUUUUUUAAUUUUUAACACAUUUGCUGCCAGCAUUUUGUUUUAUAUUCUUUGAAACAGAUGCAAAUCAAAUAUAAAAUUAAUAUAGAAUACAAACGAUUUGGUCUCUGCUAGACCAAUUUUAAAUUGAAUGCUGACAGCAAAUGUAUUAAUAACACUUUCGUUCGAUUGUUCAAGCUCAUUCCGUCGAUUUUAAUAUUUAAAAUCAAUCAUUUACGUUCUAAUAUUCUAUUGAAAUUUUUUCAAAAUUUUUAAAAGAUAAAUGAAAUGUUCUAUGAUAAUAAUAGAGGUAGAAGCUAUGAGUUUAUCUUGCUGUUCCAAAGAAAACACUAACACCGGCGUAUAAACGAGCUUUAUGAGCAUAAGUUAGCCAAUGUGAAGUAAACUUUGCUGCAAAAUUAUGUUUUUGCAACGAAGAGGCACUCUUGUACCUAAUUUAAGUUAAGACACCCGAGCGA